UCUACUUCUCGUUCCCUUCAAACCCGCCUUCUCUGCCCUUUAUUUCUCCCCCACGAUCUCUCUCGUCGUAAAACUCUGUAUUCGCAGGCCAAAACUCCGUCGUUUUAACCGACCUAAAAGAAGAAAAAAGUGUUGUACUGUUUUCCUUUUAUUUUGUUUUAAAUAAGGAUGGACGAAAAUUCAGCUAUGAUUGAGCAAAUUCUCAGAGAAGUCGAAAACAAUAACAUCCAAAACGACGACGUUAACGGCUGGCAAACGGUUUCCUAUUCGAAACGGAAUCGGAAAUCCUCGAAACCUCCGCCGCCGGAUACUUUUUCUGUUGAUCGUCCCAAUGGCGGCGUCUCCUCCGACGUCUUCCGCUCGAUCGAGAAACAUUCCGAGGAUCGGCGUCGUCGCGCCGCCGAGGCGGCGGCGGCUGCAGCAGCGGCGGUUUCUACCUCUGUCGCCGACGGAUCGAAGUCUGACGAGGAAGAUGAUAGUGAUACCGGUGAUGCUGCCGAGAACGGUGCGGUGGAGAUUAAGAAGGCGAAGCCGAAGAAACCGAAGAAGCCGAAGGUGACUGUCCUGGAAGCUGCUUCGAAGAUCGACGCUGGUGAUCUUAGCGCUUUUCUUAUUGAUAUAACUAGUUCUUAUGAGACGCAGCAAGAAAUACAAUUAAUGAGAUUUGCAGAUUACUUUGGAAGAGCAUUUGCUUCAGUGAGUGCAGCGCAAUUCCCUUGGUUAAAGAUUUUCAAAGAAUCUACGGUUUCGAAAUUGGUUGAUAUUCCGCUUUCGAAUGUUCCGGAAGAUGUUUAUAGGACAUCCGUUGAUUGGUUGAACCGGCGAUCUUUAGAUGCGUUAGUAUCUUUUGCGUUGUGGUCAUUGGACAGCAUUCUGGCUGACCUUACAAUUCAUCAAGGAGUUGCAAAGGGAUCAAAGAAAGUAGCUCAGCAAGCACCUUCGAAGUCUCAAGUCGCUAUAUUUGUGGUUUUAGCUAUGGCUCUGAGAAGAAAACCUGAUAUCUUGAUCAGUUUAGUGCCAACAAUGAGGGAAAAUCCAAAAUACCAGGGACAAGAUAAACUUCCUAUUACUGUGUGGAUGAUUGCUCAGGCCAUCCAAGGAGAUUUAGCUGUAGGGCUGUACAUGUGGGUACAUGUUCUGUUGCCUAUGCUGAGUGGCAAGUCAAGUUGUAAUCCUCAGUCUAGAGACUUGAUUUUACAGCUGGCAGAGAGAAUAAUUUCCUCUCCAAAAGCUCAUCCUAUUUUAGUAAACAGUGCUGUCAGAAAGGGAGAGCGGCUCGUGCCACCUUCUGCUCUUGAGAUUUUGAUGAGGAUCACAUUUCCGGCACCCUCAGCUCGAGUUAAGGCAACUGAGAGGUUUGAAGCUAUUUAUCCCACCUUAAAGGAGGUUGCCCUUGCUGGUUCUCCUGGAAGCAAAGCAAUGAAACAAGUUGCUCAACAGAUACUGAACUAUGCUGUCAAAGCUGCUGGAGAAGGUGUUCCUGAACUAUCAAGGGAAGCAAGUGCUAUUUUUAUUUGGUGUUUGACUCAAAAUCCUGACUGUUAUAAGCAAUGGGAUGUGCUUUAUCUUGAUAAUCUUGAAGCAAGUGUUGCUGUUUUAAGAAAGCUUGCAAAUGAAUGGAAAGAGCAUUCUGUUAAACAUUCAACACUUGAUCCUUUGAGGGAAACUUUAAAAAGUUUCAGGCAGAAGAAUGAGAAUGCAGAAGACAAUGAUCAUGCAUCAUCAUUGAAGGAGGCUGACAAGUACUGCAAGUUGAUUUUGGGAUGCUUGUCAAAAGGACAUGGAUGCUUGAAAGGUGUGUUAUUUGCGUCUAUCGCACUAGUCGCAGGUGCUGCUGUCGUGUCCCAGAACAUCCAAUCUUUGGACUGGGAUAAGUUGUCUGCAGUGUUUAAUUUAUCGUAGGCAUGAGGUUAUUGUUGACCAGAAGUGAGCAGCCAUAGGAUUAAGUAUGUUCACAGUAGGACACAUCUUGAAGAUUUGGGCAGAGGCUUGAGUGCUUUUUCCCCCUUUAAUUUUUUAAAUCUUUUGGGUUUUUACUAAAACGAAAAAUGAGAACAGUGGCAGGCGAAAUUUGGUUAGGUUUGUUCAUCUGGUUUUUUCGUGUGUGAAGAAGUUACCCUUUAAUAAUGGUUAAUUCAUAGUGGUUUGGUUAUUUUGCUUUUUGGGUUAAUUGUGGAACAUUGCGAAAUAGCUAUACAUAAUGGAAAGGGGUGGGGCGGACUGAAGUCAGAUAGUUUUAUUUCGUUA